GUACAGAGGGCACCUAUGGGAGCCCCAUCCCCCUCCAAUCCCCUCCAAUCCCCCUCUAUCCCCUCCCCUCGCUCCCCCCCCGGGGCGGAGCCGCCUCCCUCCGUCCAUCCCCUCAUCCUCCACCCGCAUCCUGCGAUGAACCGGGAUCGCAGCCGUGAUGCUCCUCCGGUUCCCGUCGAUGGAAACGGACGUUCGGCUGAAUUAGCGGCUCUGAACGAUCGUUUCGCCGCUUUCCUGGACAAGGUUCGAGCUUUGGAACGACACAACGGGACCCUCCGAGCCGCCCUCGGCCGAGCCGCAGCAUCACCCCGAGCUGCGGGGUUGGUGCGGGGUGAACUGAGGGGGCUGCGGGAUCGGCUGCAAAGACUCGGCCGGGAGACGGAACGGCUGCAGGGAGAGAGAGAUGGGCUGCGGGAGGAGCUGGAGGGGCUGCGGAGAAGGCUGGAGGAAGAGAUGCAGAAACGUGAAGAUGCAGAGCAGAACCUGGUGCUGUUCCGCAAGGAUAUGGAUGAUGCCACGCUGUCCCGCCUGGAGCUGGAGCACAGGAUUGAGCUGCUGAUGGAUGAGAUCGGCUUCUUGAAGAAGCUGCACGAGGAGGAGCUGUGGGAGCUGGAGGUGAGCGCUCAGAGCCCGCAGGCACAGGCAGGAGCACGGAUGGAGCUGCAGCAUCCGGACCUGACGGCUGCGCUGCGUGACAUCCGCACUCAGUACGAGUCCAUCACCGUCACUAACCUGCAGGAGGCCGAGGAGUGGUACAAAGCCAAGUUUGCUGAUCUAUCAGAUGCUGCCAAUCGUAACUGCGAGGCACUGAGGGCGGCCAAACAGGAGAUGAAUGAAUCCCAGAGGCAGAUCCAGAGCCUGACCUGCGAGGUGGAUGGGCUGAAGGGCAUGAACGAGGCACUGCAGAGACAGAUGCAGGAGAUGGAGGAUGAGUUUGGCACGGAGAUCAGGAGUUACCAGGAGGCGAUGGGGAGGCUGGAGGAGGAGAUAAGGAGCAUGAAGGAGGAGAUGGCCCGACAGCUCCACGAGUAUCAGGAUCUGCUCCGUGUUAAAAUGGCCCUGGAUGUGGAGGUCUCCACCUACCGCAAGCUGCUGAACAGCGAGGAGGGCUGCAGGUGGUGAUGGAGCCGUGCAAGGAGCGGAACCCGAGUAUUGAAGAGGCCUUUAACCCCCCCCCCCAGCCAUUGCUGUGCCUUUAUCUAUCGCUAUUUGUGCUCAAUGUUGUAUCAGGGCGGGGGGGUCCCGCUGCUGCCCCCCAACCCCCCUUAAUUCCCAGCUGCGAAUAAAGAACUGAGCUCAAA